UCACGUUACACAUUCCUAAUUUGGACUUUCCCAAAAGCCCCUAGUGGUGGAGGCCCUAAACAAUCGGGUGUGGUCUCAUGCUGGCACGUACUGUACGUUCAGCUUUAAACGAGUGAUAUCAAAACACUUCUCCCCGCCAGGAUGGAGGCUCUGCUGAACGAGUGGCUGUGGCAGGAAAGGUACUGGCUCCCUCCUGGCAUGCACUGGGAGGACUUGAAGGCCAAGGAGGGCCCCGGCGAGGGCCGCUAUCCUUUACCCAGGGACCUCUUCUACACCUUACCUGUGGCCUUUGCCUUCAUCACCUUCAGAUAUGUUUUUGAGAGGGUCAUCGCCGUCCCCUUAGGCAAACGUUUAGGCGUGAAGGACCGGAUUCGGAUCCGAGCCGCACCCGUCCCUAAGCUGGAGACCUUCUACGAACAGAACUCGCGGCAGCCGUCACAAAGUGAAGUGGCCUUCCUAGGCAAGCAGUGUGGACUCUCCCAGGCACAGGUCCUCACCUGGUUCCGGCACAGGCGAAACCAGGACCGACCCACCAACACCAAGAAGUUCUGCGAGGCCACCUGGAGGUUUGUCUUCUACCUGCUGGCUUUCACUGCAGGGCUGGGAUCUUUGCUCCAUACUCCCUGGCUGUGGGACUGCAGCGCGUGCUGGGACGGCUUUCCCAGACAGCAUGUCAGCAAUGUCCACUCCUGGUAUUACAUCCUGGAACUGGGCUUCUACUUGUCCCUGCUCCUCUGCGUCUCUGUGGACGUGAAGAGAAAGGACUUUAAGGAGCAGGUCAUCCAUCACAUCGCCACCAUCUUCCUCAUCGGCUUCUCCUACUGCGGCAACUACGUGAGGGUCGGCACGCUGGUGAUGCUGCUGCACGACUCCUCGGACUUCCUGCUGGAGUCGGCCAAGAUGUUUCACUACGCCGACUGGGCGCGGACGUGUGACUCGCUGUUUCUCCUCUUCGCUCUGGUCUUCCUGGUCACGCGGCUGGUGGUGUUUCCUUUCAGACUCAUCCACACAGCAAUGAUCACCUUUGGGGAUCUCUUCCAGCCCUUCUUGGGUUAUUACAUCUUCAACAUCCUGCUGUUAGUGCUGCAAGCGCUGCACAUCUUCUGGGCCUACCUCAUCCUGCGCAUGGUCUGCAAGUUCGCCUUCAAGGGAAAGGUGGAGGGCGACGAGCGCAGCGACGAGGAGAGCGAGGCGGACGAGGAGGAGCAGCUCGAGGACGGCAGGGAGCGCAGGAAAGGCGCCAUCAAGCCCAAGCUGGCGUCGCUGGCCAACAACUGUGUGCUCAACAACCUGACCAACCAGAGGGGUCUGAACAGCAGACUCCCUAAAGCCAGAUAGAGCCAACCCUGGCACAGUCUAAGGUCAACACGGUCCGUUGAUGAUUUCAGACCACCAUCCUGCUCUUCUUUGCUAGACAAGCACAAACGAUUGUAGAUCCGCACGUGCAAUACAUCGCCCCCUUUCUUGCCGUUUGGAGACCGGGUCAAUUUUAUAUUUAUGUUGUUUCUUGUCAGUGUUUUUAUACCUUUUUUUUUUUUAAUUGGGCUUUUUAACCUCUAAAGCAGGGGUCUCAGACACGUUGCGGCCCCCACCUUAAUAUGAAAGUUUAAUGUUUAAUGUUUUAUAUGAAUGGCGCUUGACAGCGUUGUGUGCGGAGCUGAAGGGAUCUACCAAUCACGGUGUGGUAUGUGGCUCUCGAGGGCCGAACAUUGACGUCACUUGCGUGAUGCAAGCAG